AAUGAAACUGUUGCAAAUUGCUAUAGAGGAGCGCCAUAAGGUGCUCAUAAACGCUGGCGCAAAUCAAAAUAUUCUAGCUCCCGAUGGAAGUCACACCACGAAUAAUGGCACAAUCGGUCCCAUUCCAUGUCUCAGUACAAGCGUUAAAUCACCGUGGGAACGCGCAACUACACCAAAUAACGUGCCCUAUUAUAUUGAUCAUGAACGCGAAACGACUCACUGGGACCAUCCUGAAAUGAUUGAAUUGAUGAAGUCAUUAGCCGAUUUGAAUGAAGUUAGAUUCUCAGCCUAUAGAACUGCAUUGAAGCUACGAUCAGUUCAAAAGCGACUGG